AUGAAAAGUAGCUUUUCCCACUUUUACUUCUUUUUCUGUAUCCUUCUCAAGAUGGCGAACUGCAAACGCGAUAUAACAGACGUUUUAAACUCUCUGCUAAGUUUCUGUCGUAUCGGAACAGGGAAAGUAGAACGCCGGGAGGACAACCUGAACCGGUUCUUUUGUGACAUGAGCGAAUUUCUCAUGGCGCAUGUGGAUAAAAAGGAACUGGCAAUGGGAAUAAGCAACCACAUAGCUAGCCAAGUCGAAGCAGAGAAUCCACUGGACGAAAAAAAAUUCGAGCAAAUUAAAAUGCUAAUUCUUUUUUUAAAUUCGCUUUAUGAAAAAUAUUUCAGCAGAGAGUUCCUCAAAAUUGAUAUGUCUUGGAUAGUUAACCUGAUCAGAUCAAACGGGUUCAACAAUCCAAUAUUAUUUAAAUUCUUUACAGAUGUGCUCGUCUUAACGUUUGAAGCUACGGAACCAGGGGACACGGGCGGCAACGUUCAGCUUCUUCUCCUUUUACUAAGGAGCAUAAGGAGAAGGGUGGAGACAGACGUAAGAGAGAACAAAGAAACUUUUCUUUUUUACAGAGAGGUGCAACGGUGGUUUCGGUCUCGCAGUGAGUUGCAGGAUGAAUUUCGAUUGGCAGACGAGGGGGAUACACCGGACAAAGUGCUGUGUGUGGGGGGCCUCCCCUAUGAUGAGCUCCUGUGCGAUGAGAAAUUUCAUUUCAGGGAUUUGUGCCACUUGUUCUCGUUGGUGGCGGAGAAGGUGGGAAGGAAGGUCACGGAGGUGGGUGGAGUGGCGGGGAACCCAGACGUGAAAUGCACCAGGCAAUACAAACAAAGAGGACAAAGGGAAAACGAUGAAAAUGGGAAAAACGAUCCAGACGGUGAGAACACGGAACGGACCGCUAUAUGGUUGAUGCCUGAAGUGAAGAACAUCGCGAGGAACAUUUUGCAUCUACUCCCUUUUGUGAGGAACCCCCCGAUGCGCGAAGUGAUAAUAAAGGAUCUUGGCAAUACGAUGAAGGAGUACCUGUUCACUAGGUGCGAGAUGGAGGAAGUAUGUCUGGAAGUAACUGAUCGGAUGUUUCUUUGUGUCAGUAACGGGUCGGGGGUAGAGCUGAGGGCAAACGUGGAGGAAGGCGUGGGGGAAGUUGUGGAGGAAGGUGUGGGGGAAGUUGUGGAGGAAGGUGUGGGGGAAGUUGUGGAGGAAGGUGUGGGGAAGACAUGCGAAGAAAAGACGCCCUUGAUGAGAACUUACCUCGCCUACAACGCAAACUGUUACGCGAAGGAGUGGAGAGAGACGGAUACCGGGCUUCUAAGCGAUGUGUAUACGUACCAAGUGCUCUACAUGGACUACCUCUACCAUGUGAAUUUUUUAACGAAAGCCAACUUGAACGAUGUGCGUUUUUUCUUACUGCUCCAUAACAGGGCAUACACGAGCGAAGAUAUUGUGAAGAAGGUGAUCUACCUGUUCGAUGGCAUCGUUACUACGGUCGAGGGAGUUGUUCAAAGGAAGGAAAAAGGGAAGAUGCAAGAAGGAUGGCAAUUCUGCGAGGUAUGGGAACUGUACACGUGCAUCCUAAGGUGCCUGCAGAACUUUUCUGUCCACUUGUUGAAAGCGAACUGGCACAAGAUGAUUAGUCUGCUGCGUGUUGUCAGUUCGAUCAGGAGGAAGUACCAGGCCAAGUGGCGGGAAAAUGGACCACCAAAGGGGUCAUCGAAGGGGUCAUCAAAGCGGUCAUCCAAGUGGUCAUCAAACAGAUCGUCAAGACUGUCAGACGAAUGGCAUGGGAACACUGGAACUAUUCACCUCGGUGUUCGUGGACGUGAAGGAGCCAAUCGAGGGGGGAUCGUAGGUGCCACACCCACACCCUUUGACGAUCUAGACUUUCACAUUUUUGAGUGUUGUGCAGAGAGCGACAUAGGUAAGGGAGAAAUGAAAUUUUUGCAUCUGUCGGAUUUUUUAAUUUUGCGGCAGGCCGAGCUUCUGAUUUGGCUCCUUCUUCGGCAUAGCAACGGGACGGUUACUCGAUUUGCCCUCUGUCAGUUGAUAAGUCGGGGAGAAAUGGGUAGGAAAGAACUCGGAUGUAUGGAGGGGAAAUCUAAGGAAGGGGAGGUAGCACAAGAGAAGGCUAACCCUGUUCAUGGAGGAACUGCCACCGGAGGGGAGACUCAACCGGAUGAAUCACUCGAUGUAGAGAUCCUACUUGACUGCAUGAGUGACACGUUCCUUUUCCACAUUUUCUUCGAUGAGUGCAUAAGACCAACGCUGUUCAUUAAAGGAGACAUUCCUUUUUAUGAAUUCCGUUUGAAGAAUCUGAUCGUGAAGAAAGUGUUGAAGAGGAACCCCCUUUUAAUGGUUAAAUAUUUUCUGGUUGGUCUACAAGGGAUGAAAUUUUUUCAUGUCAAUAUACGUGUGGUGUUAGAGGCUCUCUUGGAGGCUUUGCGUCGUCUGGAUGGGGACAAUUCCAUCCAGACAAAAUCGAUGUGCACCCACCAGUGCACAUUGAAGGAUGACCUGGAUGAGGUUCUGGUGGAGAUCUCCAAAAAUGUGAAGAACAUUCCCGUAAGCAGACGAAGUGAUACCUUAACGCUUCUGUUGGAGACCGCCGUUAAAAUGAACCACCACCUUAAUAUAUUUACCAGCAUUAAAAGUUAUUGUGUCUUUUUGAAUACGUUCGAAGAUGAUUUUUUCUGCAAAAAUAUGAAGUUGUUUUACUGCUUGUUGAGAUUAAAUGUGGAUUACAUGAUGGAAUCCAGUGAGCAGAAGAAUCUCCAAGAGGAAGGAACUUUCAUUUCGAUGAAGAAUCCAACAACUCAUGUUUUCCUAAAUCAUUUUAUUGGCCAUUUUAACCACAUCCUUUUGUCCAAUGAGCAUCUGUAUUUUUUAGGGUAUUUGCGUUUUUUUAUUAUGUUGGUCUUACAUACAAAUGUAGGAAAUGGAAACCUCCUUCUCCUGUGUCGACAUGGAGGACAACAAGUAGACGAACUAGUGAAUCGGUUCCUUUUUUAUGUCUUCAAAUAUGGGGUAGGCAACCUUUUUGAUGAGGUCAGUUUGGAUAAUGUAAUGAGGGAUCUUCUUUCUACGACUGGAAGGUAUCUCUUCAGUGGAGGGGUGAACACCUCGUCUGAAUUGUCUGAAGAACAGAAGGAAGAUUCGUCUGAUAAUCACCACCAAGGGGAUAUUCCCCUGAAGGAGCUCCUCCCCUUUGUGGAUGCCCUCCAAUAUAUUCUGCCAAACAACAUCAACACAUGCAUAGAGGGUGUUGAUUAUUACCAUGGAGAGUACGAUAUUCAAAUGGAGAACAGGACAUCGUUACUUAAUAAAAAUCAGAAAGGAACCAUAAAGGAGAAGGAGAAACACUUCUUCCCGAAUAACCACAAGUUGGUGCAACAAAAUGGUCGGUUCUAUCUACAGGCCAAGGCACUACACGACCAGUGUGUCGACUACAUCAUCAAUUUUUCCCAUAGAGGAACUCAGGAAGAUGCCACGCAGAUCAUUUUAGCUUUGUCUUUUUUAUCCAACACGUGUACGUUGUUCACUCCUCCAGUGGACCGAGUUCCCAAUGAGGUGAUCAUUCAUCUAGAGGUGAGUCAAAUGGGUUGUGGGGUGUCUACAUCGGAGAAAUGCAAAGGAAAGGAUGUAAACAUGGAUGGAAGCACAAGCCUCUAUAGGAACAAAUAUUGCGAAGUAUUUAAUUAUUAUAAGUACAAAUACGCUUACAAGAGCAUGUGCAGAGUGUCAUCGGAUAUCUCCUCCAUCUUCGUGAGGGACAUGCUAUCCUUCGCGAAGAAAGUGAUUAAUGACAUUGAGCUGUGCAAGGGGGAACUGGUGUAUGUAUAUAUGAUAAUCAGACGGUUUAUCAUCCCCGCCGUUUUUGGAAACCUUGCGAUGGGAAGUUGCUUCACCCAAGGAAUGGAAGAAAGAACAUACAUUCUAACGCUCCUAUUGAAGCAAAGCGACAUUCUUAUUGAUAGAUGUUGCGCGUGCAAGUACCCGGCUCGCAUUUUGGAGCUUCUCUUCAUGACAAUAUUCCACCCACUCAUUGUUAAGCACGACAUGACUUUGCAUGCAGAGGUGACGGGGAAUCGUGGCGUAGGAGCAUUGAAGGGAGGAGAUACAGAAGGUAACAGUGAAGAACAUCCCUCGGAAAGUAGAGAUGCCACCAAUAUCAAUGUCAAUUUGGAUUCCGAUCAAAGGGGCCAGAGGAGCCCCUUUCUCCUCCUGAAUUAUAUGGAGAAAAUUAUGGUAUAUGGACAAACAAAGUUAUCAAUAGUUAGAAGCGCUGUGAUCCCUUUUCUCUCUUCAUUCAUUUUUUCUCUUAUCGAAAACGAGGAUAUGAUCCAUGUGAGGAGUGAGUACCUAGACAAACUUAUUCAAAUCUUCGUUGACAUUUUAGUAUGCAAAGAAUUCGUCCUGGUGGAUUUAAAAAGGAGUUUUGUAAACGACCACUAUAAGAUGAAGAGGACGAAUAUCCUUCUUCACCACUUUCUGAAUGAACAAAUAUGUGCUUACUUUUUAUCUAAGAUAGAAAGGAAUGAAGAGAUUGCUCUUCCAGAGGAACUUUAUCGGGUGCGCCACACGCCUAUCUUCCUUAGACUCUUGGCUAUGAUGUUCCUCAUAAAUUUGUUUCGCUUACUCGAGGGUCGCUAUCUCGCCUGGACGGGUUCAAAGAGUCGUGACGGUGAGGUAUGCGAGGGAGCAAAACUGGAGAGGGAGAAAAGUAGGAUCCUCGUCAGGAGGUUGUACGCGAGGCUUCUUCUUCAAAUUAUGAGUCGGAUAAGUAACAAGAAUGUCUCGUCAUCUGGGUCAGUGCCCAGCGGGUAUGUGGCAACGGGGGCCAAAGGUUCUGCCCCCCCAUUACCCUCGUCCAGUGGACACAACAUUCAGUUGAGAGGAUUACAAACCCUAUGUUGCUUGGCAAAAUAUUUCAAGUACUUAAAGAAGGCGCAAAGAAAGUUGCUCGUUUCAAAGGUAAUCCAACUUCUUCAAGAUGAUCACUUGAAUAACACACGUCAAUACUUGGAGCUAUUCUGUUUGUCAAUUAGCUCCUCUUCCUUCGUUUUGCUGUAUCCACACUUAAGGAGAAACCUAAGCGAUGGAAAUUCAAACACACAACUAAUUGUGAGUACGCUGAUCAUAUGUUCGUACAUUUUAUUGAAGACAAAGUUUAGUUACUACUCCUUUGAGGAAUUGCAUGUGAAUCCAUCCUUCGCUCGUGUGUGUCUGUCGAGCGGCAAAUUUACGAUGAGCCAAGUGGUCGAUACAAAGAAGGAGGCUACCCACCUAGGCGCGAGGAAGAAGAAAACGAAGAAGAGACGCAGCAAAGAGGACACGAGGGAAAUAAAGCGAAUCAUCAACAACAUUGUCAAGAGGAACAAAAAUGAUAAGGAGAAAAUUGUCGAGGAUAUGAAAAGGUGCAAGCAGAAGAUGGAUCAUUUGGGAAAACGGACAGGGGGAAAACGGACAGGGGGAAAACGGACAGGGGGAAAACGGACAGGGGGAAAACAGACAGAGGAAAAACAGACAGGGGGAAAACAAACAGAAGGGGCGACUAACAACGGAGAGAGGAUAGCCCCCCCUCGACGCGGCCAUUUUUUCUCCGAAUACAUUCGCAAAUGCCUCGUCGCACUGGUUACUCGAAUCGUGGCUCUGUGUUCUUCCCAUGCGGCGCUUGUGAGGAGUAUCGCGCAGUACACGUUCUACUACUUUGUAAAGGGGAGGAAGGAAAUUUUAGUGGACCCCUUCUUCCAGUGCACAUACUCGUACAUAAAACAGAAUAAGGACUGCAAGCGAAUUCGCAAAAAGAUGAAGGCGCAGUUUCGGCAUUGGACCCCAACCCCCUUUGAAGACAUUCGAAUCCUCCUUCCUGCGUGCAACUAUUCCUACAACUAUUUCGAUGAGGAUUUCACUGAGGAAAACACACAAACGAAUCCACAAACAAAUGCACAGACAUUUGCACAUGUGCUUAGGAAUUACGAAUUAGUCGCGUCCUACAGCUUUAUCGACACGGUGAGGAAGACAGUCCAACAGGAAAUGUCUGCUAUAAUGUUUAACGUGGAUCUGGAACGACAACGUAGAGAGGCGCAAUCAGCAGAAGCAACGGUUGAAGUGGUCGCCAUUGGUGGAGCCCCCUAUGGAGAAGCAUCCUACGAUGUAACUUCCGUGGAGGGCAUACUCCAACGAAACAGGAAGAACUAUCAGAAAAAGUUCGACCCAAUCAGCGAUAUCAUUCAAGUGAACAAUGAAUUCAGAAGGACCUAUCAUCAGCUAGCCAAAACCAAGACAAAAAAAAAAAAAUUAAUUGUCGUGGCAUCCCUCAUAGAUAAAAUACCAAAUUUAGCUGGACUCUGUAGAACAUGUGAAAUAUUUAAAGUACAAAAGUUGAUCCUUCAUAACGCUAAUAUAGUGAAGGACUUUCAAUUCCAGAAAAUUUCCUCUACUGCAAAUAAGUGGAUGAAUAUAGGAGAGGUAAAAAAGGGAGAAAUACUCAAGUACUUAAUGGAUAAGAGGAAGAAGAAUUAUUCUAUUGUGGGCUUGGAGCAGACCAAGUGUAGUGUCCCCCUGAACAAUUUUACUUUCCCUGAAAAAACGGUCUUAAUUUUGGGUGACGAGAAGGAGGGGUUACCUGCAUCUGUGCUUCUAUUUCUUCACCACUGCAUCGAAAUUCCCGGGAAGGGAAUCAUUCGCUCGCUCAACGUCCACGUUUCCGCGGCCAUUACCAUUUAUGAGUAUUUUAGGCAGCACCUAUUAUGA